AUGGCUCUAGUACUACCGCCUCAGGAGCUUCUUGACGCUAUUGUCGACGAGCUCCAAUUUGACUGGCCAUCUUUAACUGCGUGUUGUGCCGCCAGUCGUCUCUUGCGCCCUCGUGCUUGCAAACAUCUCUUCAAAGAUGUCACAAUUCAUCCAAAAUCCUAUCAGUCGUUAUAUCGACUGGUACGUUCGUCUAAGGAUAUCCCGAGGUUUAUCCUCAUUCUUCGUAUUCAUGGGGAGGAAUCCGCUGGCUCAGAUCAGUGGGCUAGGGACUUGGCUAUCCUACUCAAGGCGCUGGUUAAUGUGAAGGAGUUGAGGGUCCAUUCCAUGGUAUGGGGAAGUUUCCUUGCCAAGCAUAAUCCCUCCUUACACGAGACCCUAAUCUCGAUGCCCAUGACCUCGCUCCAUCUCGACCGAGUCUGUUUUACGAAUAGCGUCGAGCUUUUUUCGGUCAUAUCACAGAUACGCUCCUUGAAGCGCUUGUCGCUCGGAACAUUCAUCUCAUCACAUACUACAUCCCAGCUUCCGCUCCCGUCCCCCGCGAUUCCACUGAAGCUACGCGAAUUGAGCUUGGAUAUGAAGAACAGCGCCACCGUAGUCCAAAGCCUCCUACUGAACCAACCUCAUCCUUUGAUCAAUUUGCAGGACGUCAAAGUGCUUGAGGUCCAUGGAUGUAGUACCCAUGAUGUCGGAACCGUGCGAGCCAUCAUGAUGGAUUGUACUUCUCUCGAACACCUGAUAUUUGGACAAUCUCAUCUUUGCACGUCCUUCAAGCGAACCUUCUUACUCCAACCCGACCAAUCCGCUACUAUGACACUAGCAGGGAGGACUCCGACACUUGACGUAUCCUACCUGAAAUAUUUGACCGUGACCAUCCUGGAUUGCUCCACACAAUUGCAGUGGUGGGUCGACAUGUUCUUGAUGCUGCAGUUCGAGUGUCGAAUCGAAGUUGUAACAAUAGUGGUGGAGAUGAAGGGCUGGGGCUAUUCACCAGGAUGCGCGGCCUUCUUCCAAGCAGCCAGAUGGAGAGCGUUAGAUAGUGCUUUGACGUUACUGGCAAAGGGAUUUCUACGGAAGGUAGUGGUUAAACUCUCUGCACUGGAUUACUCUGUAUCGGAUGAUCUCUUAAAACCUUUCGAGGCAACGAUACAGAAAUCUUGUUCUUCCCUGAAAGCAAAAGGUCUUCUUCAAGUGCUACAGGCCACAUAG